AGUGACUUCCGUUGUCGGCUCCGCCCUGUGUGGCCGUGGCACCUUUCCGCCUCGCUUCAGGGGCCUUUCCUCUUCUCCACCCUCCCGCCUCUCGCCAUCUCAGAGCUGUUUUCUUCCGACUGAGCUGGGGGAAGGGGGAGCCUCCCUGGGGUGGGGGGGAGGGUCGAGCUGCUGCCCCCUGUCAGCCCCCAUCACCUUCUGCCUCCAGCCGCCAGCCUCCUCUCACUUCCUGCCCUGCUUCCUGUUCUGCUCUGCUGGCAGGUUGCGCUGACGGUCCUGAGGAACCCCCCACCCUCAUCCCGUUUCCUCACCACUCCUCCGCAGUGUGAUCCGCAGCCAUGACCACACACGUGACCCUGGAGGAUGCGCUGUCCAACGUGGACCUGUUGGAGGAGUUGCCUCUCCCGGACCAGCAGCCCUGCAUCGAGCCACCUCCCUCCUCCAUCAUGUACCAGGCUAACUUUGACACCAACUUUGAGGACAGGAAUGCAUUUGUUACCGGGAUCGCCAGGUACAUCGAGCAAGCCACCGUCCACUCCAGCAUGAAUGAGAUGCUGGAGGAGGGGCACGAAUACGCGGUGAUGCUCUACACCUGGAGGAGCUGCUCACGGGCCAUCCCGCAGGUGAAGUGCAAUGAGCAGCCCAACCGAGUGGAGAUCUACGAGAAGACGGUGGAGGUGUUGGAACCCGAGGUCACCAAACUGAUGAAGUUCAUGUACUUCCAGCGCAAGGCGAUCGAGCGUUUCUGCAGCGAGGUGAAGCGUCUGUGCCACGCCGAGCGGCGCAAGGACUUUGUCUCCGAGGCGUACCUGCUGACCCUCGGCAAGUUCAUCAACAUGUUCGCCGUGCUGGAUGAGUUAAAGAACAUGAAAUGUAGCGUGAAGAAUGACCACUCUGCCUACAAAAGGGCUGCGCAGUUCCUGCGGAAAAUGGCCGACCCCCAGUCCAUCCAGGAAUCCCAGAACCUCUCCAUGUUCCUGGCCAAUCACAACCGGAUCACCCAGUGCCUGCACCAACAGCUGGAGGUGAUCUCUGGGUACGAGGAGCUGCUGGCCGACAUCGUCAACAUCUGCGUGGAUUACUACGAGAACAAGAUGUACCUCACGCCCAGCGAGAAGCACAUGCUGCUGAAGGUGAUGGGGUUCGGUCUCUACCUGAUGGAUGGGAAUGUCAGCAACAUCUACAAACUGGACGCCAAGCGACGCAUUAACCUCGGCAAGAUCGACAAGUUCUUCCGGCAGCUGCAGGUGGUGCCAUUGUUUGGAGACAUGCAGAUAGAACUGGCCAGAUACAUUAAGACCAGUGCUCACUAUGAGGAGAACAAGUCCAAGUGGACGUGUACACAAGCCAGCAGCAGCCCCCAGUACAACAUCUGUGAACAGAUGGUGCACAUCCGCGACGAUCACAUCCGCUUCAUCUCUGAGCUGGCCCGUUACAGCAACAGCGAGGUGGUGACGGGGUCAGGGUUGGACAGCCAGAAGUCGGAUGAGGAAUACCGGGAAUUGUUCGACCUGGCGCUCCGGGGACUGCAGCUCCUGUCCAAGUGGAGCACGCACGUCAUGGAAGUGUAUUCCUGGAAGUUGGUUCAUCCCACGGAUAAAUUCUGUAACAAGGACUGUCCCGGCACGGCGGAGGAGUAUGAACGGGCGACUCGCUAUAACUACACCAGCGAGGAGAAGUUUGCACUGGUCGAGGUGAUUGCGAUGAUCAAGGGGCUACAGGUGCUGAUGGGGAGGAUGGAGAGCGUCUUUAACCAGGCCGUGCGCAACACCAUCUACGCCGCCCUGCAGGACUUUGCGCAGGUCACCCUGAGGGAGCCCCUCCGACAGGCCACCCGGAAGAAGAAGAAUGUCCUGAUCAGUGUCUUGCAGGCGAUCAGGAAGACCAUCUGUGACUGGGAGAGUGGCCGGGAGCCCCCCAACGACCCCUGCCUGAAGGGAGAGAAGGAUCCCAAGGGGGGCUUCGACAUCAAGGUGCCUCGGCGAGCCGUCGGACCCUCCAGUACUCAGCUGUACAUGGUGAGGACCAUGCUGGAGUCGCUCAUCGCUGACAAGAGUGGCUCGAAGAAGACCCUCCGCAGCAGCCUGGACGGCCCCAUCGUGACGGCCAUCGAGGACUUCCACAAGCAGUCGUUCUUCCACACCCACCUCCUGAACUUCAGCGAGUCUCUCCAGCAGUGUUGUGACCUGUCCCAGCUCUGGUUCCGAGAGUUCUUCCUGGAACUGACGAUGGGUCGGCGGAUUCAGUUCCCCAUUGAGAUGUCGAUGCCAUGGAUUCUGACCGACCACAUUCUGGAGACCAAGGAGCCCUCGAUGAUGGAGUACGUGCUGUAUCCGCUGGACCUGUACAAUGACAGUGCGUACUACACCCUGACAAAGUUCAAGAAGCAGUUCCUGUACGAUGAGAUCGAGGCGGAGGUGAACCUCUGCUUCGAUCAGUUUGUCUACAAGUUGGCAGACCAAAUCUUUGCUUACUACAAGGCGAUGGCGGGCAGUGUGCUUCUGGACAAAAGGUUUCGAGCCGAGUGCAAGAACUACGGAGUUAUCAUCCCCUACCCUCCUUCCAAUCGCUACGAGACGUUACUGAAGCAAAGACAUGUCCAGCUCCUGGGGAGGUCCAUCGACCUGAACAGGCUGAUCACCCAACGUAUCUCAGCGGCCAUGUACAAGUCUCUGGAUCAUGCCAUCAGCAGGUUCGAGAGUGAAGACCUGACCUCUGUUGUGGAACUGGAGUGGCUGUUUGAGGUGAACCGCCUGACUCACCGCCUCCUCUCCAAACACAUGACCCUGGACAGCUUCGACGCCAUGUUCCGAGAGGCCAAUCACAACGUGUCUGCCCCCUACGGACGAAUCACUCUGCACGUCUUCUGGGAGCUCAACUUCGAUUUCCUUCCCAAUUAUUGUUACAAUGGCUCUACUAAUCGGUUUGUCCGCACGGCGAUCCCCUUCACCGAUGAACCUCAGAGGGACAAACCAGCCAGUGUCCAACCCUACUACCUAUAUGGGUCAAAGCCCCUGAACAUCGCCUUCACCCACAUCUACAGCGUCUUCCGCAACUUUGUGGGGCCCCCUCACUUCAAGACCAUCUGCCGUCUCCUUGGCUACCAAGGUAUCGCCGUGGUGAUGGAGGAGCUCCUGAAAAUCGUCAAAAGCCUGCUACAGGGCACGAUCCUGCAGUACGUGAAGACCCUGAUCGAGGUCAUGCCGAAGAUUUGCCGUCUGCCUCGCCAUGAGUACGGGUCCCCAGGGAUCCUGGAGUUCUUUCACCAUCAGCUGAAGGACAUCAUCGAAUACGCCGAGCUGAAGACAGACGUGUUCCAAAGCCUCCGCGAGGUGGGCAACGCAAUCCUCUUCUGCCUGCUCAUCGAGCAAGCCUUGUCUCAGGAAGAAGUCUGUGACCUUCUCCAUGCAGCGCCGUUCCAGAACAUUCUACCCAGGGUCUACAUUAAAGAGGGUGAGCGUCUAGAGGUGAGGAUGAAGCGGCUGGAGGCAAAGUACGCUCCUCUGCACCUCGUCCCUCUGAUCGAGAGACUUGGCACGCCUCAGAACCUAUCGCAGCCAUGGGAAGACAGUCUUCCAGUCAGUCAAAUCGCCAUCGCCCGGGAGGGAGACCUGCUCACCAAGGAGCGCCUGUGCUGCGGCCUCUCCAUGUUCGAGGUCAUCCUGACCCGUGUUCGGAACUACCUGCAGGACCCGGUGUGGAAAGGGCCGCCCGCUACUAAUGGCGUCAUGCAUGUGGACGAGUGCGUGGAAUUUCACCGGCUCUGGAGCGCAAUGCAGUUCGUUUACUGCAUCCCUGUUGGUACACACGAGUUCACAGCCGAGCAGUGUUUCGGAGACGGCCUGAACUGGGCCGGCUGCUCCAUCAUCGUGCUGUUGGGACAGCAGAGGAGGUUCGACCUGUUCGACUUCUGCUACCACCUGUUGAAGGUGCAGAGGCAGGACGGCAAGGACGAGAUGAUAAAGAACGUGUCCCUGAAGAAGAUGGCUGACCGGAUCAGGAAGUACCAGAUCCUCAACAACGAGAUCUUCGCCAUGCUGAACAAGUACCUGAAGUCGGUGGAGAACGAGAGCUCGACGGUGGAACACGUCCGCUGCUUCCAGCCACCCAUUCACCAGUCACUGGCCACCACCUGCUGAGCUGUGGGCCCCACCUGUGUCCCUGUGCAAGUGUGUGGUUACCUGUUCCCUGUGUUGAUGCUGAAACCCCCACCAGUCAGCAGUGACCCGCACCCCCACCUCCCCCCCCCCCACCCCCGUCACGUUAUUCACCAAGCCAUUGGAAGGCGAGAGGAACAAGUGUAUUCGUGCUGCGGGUGUCCCAGCGAGGCUGCCUGGAGCUGGGGGUCACUGACUGGGGGUGGACCCCAUGUGUGGAAGGAGCCAGCUCUCCUGCCCACCUCCGCAUCCCCGCUGCUCCACAGAACCACCUGCUGUGCCUGAGGGAACCCCUUGCCCAUGGGGGUCCCGGGGUGUUGGUGGGAACCCCAAGCUCAGGAAGGAACGCCCAUAAAUUACCUCCUGUGGUCCCUGCCUGAGCCUGGGUCCCCAGCCCCACCCCCAACCCCACCCCAGCCUCACGGACACAGCCCCAUCACCCCCACACCCCGGACACAGCCCCACCCCAGCCACACGGACACAGCCCCACCCCACUCCCCCCAGCCACACGGACACAGCCCCAUCACCCCCACACCCCGGACACAGCCCCACCCCAGCCACACGGACACAGCCCGCGUGUGCACAGCAACAGUGUGGCGAAAGUUGUGUCUGGAGGAUUUGGCUUCAGGAUGCUGGUUGCGAGGGGUGUGGUGGAAGACCAGCCCCCCAGUGGAAAGGGUGGGGCGCAUGGGGGCAGAGGGCCCUGAUUAUGUUUCAUGCCUUUGGAAUCCUCAGCAUUAGUUCGAGGGGCGAAUGUCUGCAGCUGGGGG